UUUGAGGUUUCGGUGUCUGACUCCGUUCCGUACAGCGAUGACCGAAGCGUGGGAGCGUGCCGUAGCGGCGGCGCUGAAGGGGAGGUCGGAGCCGCCGCGGGCCCUCACGCUCGAUUGCGCCGUGAAGUGCCCCAGCGGCCGCCUACCGCCGCCGUCCUUCUUUGAGGGGAGGCUCGCCGCCCUGGAGCACCUUUCCGUCGCCAACGUUCGUCUCUCCUCCCUCGACGGCUUUCCCUGCCUUCCGGCUCUCCGCCGGCUCGUCCUCUCCGACAACCGCAUCGUCGGCGGGCUCCACGCCCUGGUCGAUGCCCGGCUUGACGCCCUCCGCGACCUCGACCUCUCUAACAACCGCAUCGCGUCGGUCGAGGACCUCGCCCCGCUUGCAAAGCUCCGGCUGGAGUCGCUGGACCUAUAUGAGUGCCCGGUGACCAAGAUUGAGGGGUACCGAUCCAAAGUUUUCGGCUUGUUCGGAUCUCUGAAGUAUUUGGAUAAGGCAGACGCCAAUGGGAAUGAGCGGACGGAGACUGACGAUGAGGAGGAGGAAGAUGAAGAGGAAGAAGAGGGUGAUGAUGAGGAGGAUGAAGACGACGAAAUUGUAGACGAGGAAGAAGAAGAAGAAGGCGACGAUGGAGAUGAAGAAGGAGAAGAAUCAGAUGAGGACGAGGAGGACGAAGGAGAUGAGCAGAAUGGAAUCGAGGAUGAGGGCAACAAUGGAACAGCCAAUGCAGAGCAUAAAAAUAAAAAUGCAAAUGGAGGAAGCAAAAAUGGCCCCGGUGGUGAGCAUGAUCAGGUGAAGCAUCAAAACAAUGGUGUCCUUCAACAUAAAUCUUCCAAGAAGAGGGAGAGGGAGAGGGAGAGGGACGAUGACCCAUGAAAAAUUAUGUGAACCUGUGGCUGCUGCAAAAAUGGAGAGUAUCUACCGAGAUGAGGUUUUUGAGAGGUUCAUUGACAAAGUUAUGAUUUUGUUAAGCAUCACUAAUAUUAAAUUUUAAUUGACAGAAUUAUUGUUCUAUAAUUAUUAUUAGUCUUUCCUGGCUUCUUAUUCUUCUUUAUUCAGUAUGGCGCUGUAACGUGAACACCGAGGACGAUGAGCGGAUCAACUCAUGACCUGCAUAAGAACUUGCAAGACGAGCUUGUUGGCUUUUGGAGUACUCCAUGUCACAGCCACAUCAUAUGAAAUAUAUUCUAGUAGGUAAUAAUAUAUGUCAUCUACCAUACAUAUUAUGUUUUGAGCAAUACCUUUGUAUUUGUAACGUAUUAUAAAGCCUCUGUUUGCUUCUUCCAAAGAGACCCUUCUAAUAUGUAUUAAUUAGUAUUGAACAUUAAUUAGUAUUAGCAGUACGUUAUCCUGUUA